GUUUUGGCAAACAAUUAGAUACUGUAUCUGAUAUCAACGUAAAGGUCUUUGCCAUACCAAUUACAAAAAAACAAACUGUUUGUCAAUAGAUAACAGAUAAAAAAAGAUAUGAGCAAUUUACUACACCGUCUAUGAAUUUGCCGGUUUUUAAUUUCGGAGUUUGGUUUGAAAGCAUACAUUUAAGCUAUAAUAUCUCUGCUUGUAGAUCGAUUAGAAUAACCUAUCGCAUAUCAAAUUAAAGGUUUUGACAUGAAAAAUAUGAUACAAUGAAUGGAUAGCAAUAAAGUGUGACGAGCAGAAAGAAUUUGGCCAAAAAAUGUAAUGCGAUUUAAUGAAGCCAGAACUGUUAGCAAUUUUUUUCUUGAUAACAUAGCGUGUAUUUGCCAUUAAAACAAUAUUGAAAAACAAAUCGCUAUAAAACUUACACAGAAGUAUUGUGUGAUUUCUCUCCUUUCUGCUGAUAUAUGAUAAGCCUUAAAAGGUUCCUGAAUUUGGAAACGCGAAGACGUUUUGUUGACUUAGUAUUAAUGCUAAUUACACGAAGGAAGCAUCAUUUUUUGCCUUUUUUGUUUUGUUUUGUCUUCUUCACUCACCAAUUUCUCUUUAAUCCUUUGCGAUGAAGCUAUAAUGAAAAAAUGCAUAUUAUAAUACAUUACAGCAGCUUUUCAAUGCAUUUUUCAUUUUUUGUAUAGGUUAAGUAGAACAUAUUUUAAUUUCAACAUAUAUCUAAUCAUGUUGCAUUGUUUUUUACAGGCAGGUAUGCAUGCUUCGCCGUAAGGGGGUGUCUUCGGUUCGAGUGGUUUCUAUAUAAAGCGGCGAGCGUCAUUGCAAACGCCAUUCACGAAAAAGACGGGGAAGCGGCAAGAUCAAAUAAUAGGUUGACGCAUAUUUACAACAGAAAUAUUCCCGUCACUUAUGUGACUUGACAUCUAGUAGCAGUUGGUCGUCAGCCACCAAGAUAUCAACAUGUCUCGAAAGCGGAAGAUUGCGGCCAAAAAAAAACAGGCAAAGAAGCCAACGAGGCAAGGUUUGAGAAGCAGAAAGGCAGAAGAAAUGCAGGACCCAAGCCUAACUGAUUCAAACAUUCUACCAGUUGCAUCAACACCAGUUAAGGAAGUGACAGAACAGGAUAUCAACAUGGAGACGACAGACCGAGGUUUAGGAUUGGAGGGAUCACAGCAUAGCAAGGAAGUGACAGAACAGGAUACGAACAUGGAGACGACAGACCGAGGUUUAGGAUUGGAGGGAUCACAGCAUAGCAAGGAAGUGACAGAACAGGAUACGAACAUGGAGACGACAGACCGAGGUUUAGGAUUGGAGGGAUCACAGCGUAGCAAGGAAGUGACAGAACAGGAUACGAACAUGGAGACGAGAGACGGAGGUUUAAGAUUGGAGGGAUCACAGCAUAGCAAGGAAGUGACAGAACAGGAUACGAACAUGGAGACGACAGACCGAGGUUUAGGAUAGGAGGGAUCACAGCAUAGCAAGGAAGUGACAGAACAGGAUACGAACAUGGAGACGACAGACCGAGGUUUAGGAUUGGAGGGAUCACAGCGUAGCAAGGAAGUGACAGAACAGGAUACGAACAUGGAGACGACAG